AUGUCUUCCUAUGACGACUGGAACAAGCUAGAAGAGGAAGAGGAGGAUGAACUUCAAGACAACGCGAGUCCCUAUGAAACGAAACGCGACGUCAUUCUCUUCUGCAUUGACUGUUCAGAAUCCAUGCUCGAGCCCUACGAGGACCCUCAAUACGAAGACCAGCAGACGUGUCACCUAUUAACUGCCCUUGAAGUUGCCGUAGAAAUCCAGAAGAAGAAGGUCAUAGUUGGCCCAAGUGAUUCAGUCGGGAUCAUGUUCUAUAACACGACGCGGCGGAAUGAUACGGGUCAAAGUACAGAUAUCAAGAAGGGUACCUUUGUGUACCAACCGAUCGAAAGCAUUGGCGCAGAACGUGUCUUGAAACUAACAAGACUCAUCGCAGAUGCGCGAGAGGACCCUGAACUUUUGCGGAAGGAGUAUCCUCCCAUGACCAGUGAUCACGUAGCCAUAGGCGACGUUUUCACUAGUUGCAAUUGGGUUCUCCGCGACGGUGCGCCCAAGACCGCGUCAAAGCGUAUAUUCGUUAUCACAAACAACGACGAUCCACAUCCAGGCGUUGGUGCCGAGAAACUGGUUGUGUCCGCACGAACAACACUAAUCGAUCUGGUUCAAGCUGGCAUCAUGGUAGAACCCUUCUUCAUCAGCGAUGAAGACACGCCGUUCAAUCCCACAAAGUUCUGGGCUAACGUUCUCCUAUCCGAUCUCGAUUCUCCUUCAUCAUCCAGUUCCAACCCAUCGAUACUCCCAGAAUCCAUUUCUAUCACCCGCAUAGACGACCUCCUUGAACAAAUGCGUUUCCACGAAGUCCCGAAACGCGCACUCUUCAGCAUCCCGUUCCAGCUCGCAGACGGUUUCACCAUCGGGAUCAAAGGAUACGGGCUCGUCACAGAGCAGAGGAAGGGUGCGUAUAGGUAUUUUGUUGAUUUGGGAGAUAGGAUGGAGGUUGUUGAGCCGAAGACGCUUUAUGUCGAUAAUGAAAGCCAACGUCCGACUGACAAGAAGGAACAACUGUAUGGGAUGACGCUAGGAGUGUCUGCGGAUGAUGAUGGAACCCAUCCCGGCACCAGAGUUGUUCCUCCAAAUACUCGUGUCUUUUAUACAGCCGAGGAGAUCAAGAAGUUUCGAAGUUUAGGCCUCGAGCCCAGUAUCAAACUCCUAGGCUUCAAAGACAAAGAUCAACUUCUCUUCGAGGACAAUAUCAAGCAUUCAUACUUCAUCUAUCCCGACGAAAUGGCGUACACAGGGAGUAAACGGACGGUCAGUGCGCUGAUCAAGUCGAUGGCUAAGAAGGACAAGAUCGGAUUGGUGUUGGCGCUGUUCCGAAGAGGUUCUUCGCCGAUAUUUUGUGCUAUGCUCGCGCAGAAAGAAAAGAUUGAAGCAGGAGGGUGGAGAGAACCAGGUGGUUUCCAUCUAAUUCCAUUACCAUUCGCGGACGACAUUCGAGCAGCUCCUAUUGAGGAGGGGUUCAUCGCACCGAAGGAACUAUCCAGACUCGCAGAAACCUUCGUCUUAAAGUGUUCACUCAAAGACAAAAAGGGAUAUUCUCCGGACACAUACCCAAAUCCAGCCCUGCAAUUCCACCACGAACAGCUCCAAGCGACCGCAUUCCGUGAGGAAUAUGACCCCGAGACGUUCGUGGAUCUCACACUCCCAAAAUAUGAGAUGUUCCGCAAGAGAGCUGCGCAACCGAUACGUGAAUGGAAAGAAGCACUGGAGCAGGACGAGUCUGCUAACGCAACAGUCAUCACGACGGGAUCAAAACGGAAAGCUGCGGCUGUUGUCGGGCCUGUGGAUGAGAACGAGAUCAGGAAGGAAUGGGAAGCGGGGCGGUUGGAGAAGUUGAAGGUGGACCAGAUGAAGGAGUUCCUCAGGGCAAAGGGUCUUCCCGUCUCAGGAAAGAAAGCAGACUUGAUGAGUCGGAUCUCGGAGUGGUUGGACUCCCAUUGAGCUUCUGCCAGCUACACCCGCUGCAACGAGUCGAGCUGAAUGCAAGUCAAGGAAUGUCCAGUGAUGCCGUGGCAGGACUGCCAGAUUAUUUCAUCGGUGUAAAGUAAUACGUACUACUAUAAGCUUAGGUGGGUAUAUGAUUUGUAGCAGUGGUGUCC